CUUGGACGCACAUCCUAGAACCCUAGGAGUAGUCCGGAGGAGAUGGCAGGAGAGACAGAAGAUGAGAUCCCUGAUACCGGAGCCGUCUUCACUUUUGGAAAGAGUAAAUUUGCAGAUAACGCUCCCAGUAAAUUUUGGCUAAAAAAUGACGUUCCUUUGAGAAUAUCCUGUGGAGAUGAGCACACAGCACUGGUAACAGAAAAUGGGAAGCUGUUUAUGUUUGGCAGCAACAACUGGGGACAGCUGGGCCUCGGAACAAAGACCACUAUGAAUAAGCCCACUCGUGUGAAAGAUCUGCAGUCAGAGAGGGUGAAUCUUGUGGCCUGUGGAAGAUCUCACACACUUGUAUACACGUACCGUGGUAACCUGUAUGCCUCUGGAGGGAAUAAUGAGGGGCAGCUCGGCCUUAAUGACUGUGAUGACAGGACCUCCUUCCACCUCGUGGACUUCUUCAGCAAGGAUAGACAAAUCAAAAUGCUCGCUGCAGGUUCCAAUACAUCCGCUGCACUCACACAGAACGGAAGGCUCUAUAUGUGGGGCGAUAACUCUGAGGGACAGAUUGGUUUGGGGAAGGAGAAUAAUGCACUGACUCCGUGUGAGGUUUCUGUAGGGAAACGGGUGUCCUGGGUGUCUUGUGGAUAUUACCAUUCUGCUUUUGUCACCGUGGAUGGGGACUUGUUUACGUUUGGAGAAAGGGACAGUGGGAAGCUCGGGUUGUCCACCGAGAAGCUGGCCAAUCAUAAAGUGCCUCAACAAGUGACGGGCAUCUCUGAUAGGGUGGUGCAGGUGGCCUGUGGAGGAGGGCACACUGUGGCACUUUCAGAGCACGUGCUGUAUUCGUUUGGCCUGGGUCAGUUCGGGCAGCUUGGUCACGGGACCUUCAUAUUUGAGUCUCGUUUACCCAGAGUGGUGGAGCAUUUCAGGAGGGGCAGAGUGAAACAUGUGGAGUGUGGAGAGAAUCAUACAGCGGUCAUAACUGACAGUGGCCUUUUGUACACUUUUGGCGAUGGCCGCCAUGGCAAACUAGGUCUUGGAGAAGAGAACUUCACCAACCAGUUCAAACCAACCCUGUGUCCAAGAUUCCUCAACUACCACGUACAGUCUGUGACAUGUGGUGGAUGUCACAUGCUUGUGUUGGCCAUGCCCAGGGCUGAAGGCUCAAAGGAUUUGAUCCUGGAGGAAGAUGAUGUGACUGAAGACUACUUUGAGAAGUCCUAUACUGAGCUACUGGGUGACACGCACAGUCAGACCACACUAAACCGAAGUCUCUCAGCUCGGGUUAGACGCAGGGAACGGGAGUGUUCACCAGAUCAAUCUGGACCGAUGUUCCGAACUCUUCCAACCCUGAGUGGAAAUCAGUUUAGUGCAGCAUUACCUGUUUCAAACCAAACAUGGCACUCCCACAGUGACCAACCAGGAAAGAUCCCUCACACCAGCCUCCAGAUUCCUGUUACGAGAGAGACUUCUCUCAAUGAAAGAAGCAGUACGGAGGAUAAUGAAAGUGUAAAAGAUCUUGGAGAAACCACUGAUUUAUUAAACCUGACUCAUGUAAUGAAGAUGGAUGCUUUGGAUAAAACCCUCACAUUGUCUCCAAUGCAGAAGGAGAAAGGUCACCAAACUCUCGAGUUUUGCACAGAUGAGACCAAUGGAAAUGAAGGAGACCUAGGAGAUUUGGAAGAAGAUGAUGAUGAUGACGAUGAUGAGGUGGAGGAUGAGGACGAGGAACAGGAGACAGAUGUAGAAGAAGGGGAAAAGUCAGAGAAUAAUCAGAAGGAAGAAGUUUUAGAUGAGAAGAGAAAGCAAACAGAGAAGCAGGAGCAACGGAUUAUAGAGCCAGAUUUACAGAAAAAGGAGAGCAUCAAAGAGGCAUCUGUCCCUGAUGGACCAAUGAUAGAACAUCCCAAUCCUGCUUCCCGCUUGAAGGAGGAGACACAGUCAGAUAAGAAUGGACUUAGACAAGACAAACCAAAGACUUUUUUUGACUCUAGGACCAGGCUUUCUAUUUUCAAGAAGAGAUCUUCCACUAAAGGCAACCAGCCAGCUGAUAAAGCUGAAAACCUAGCUGAGGGCACCUCAUCGGGCAGACCUGCAGCUGAUGGCCCAAUUGCAAACUCAGAGAUUCGAGGGCCAGAGAGUUCUAGCAGUGAACCUCACACAGGAUCCCGGACCACAGGGGCCGAACGGUCACACUCUGCCACCUGCAAUCUGCUUUGACACUUUUCAGCUGCUUUAUUGUGCAGAACACCAGCAUGAACAUGCUGUUUUGUUGACACCAUCGUCUGGAUUUAAAACUGGGACUGGAACAAAAAGUGGAAUUAGGCAAUGGUUUAAACUGUGGCAUAAUGUCCUGUUGGUGUUGUUGGUGUCGAUGGCACUGUGCCUUGUGCUGCAAAGCAGAUUACUGAACAUAACUAGCUUUAACUAGCUUUUGUUUUUUGUUACGACAUUGUAAAAUGUUAUUUCCAUUAUGUUUGUAGUGUGUGUGAUGCUAAUAUUUGUAUAACUUUUCUAUGAAAAUAAUCUUCAGAAUCAUUUGAAGAUUAAUUUACUGAUAUAUGGUGUAUUUUACAAAUAUAAUUAUGUGUGUGUGUGUGUGUGUGUGUGUGUGUGUGUGUGUGUGUGCGCGCGCACGUGUGUAUUUUAAACCAAUUUAUUUACAUUUUAUUAAAGGAAUAUUCCAGGUUCAAUAUUAGUUAAGAUUAAUCGAAAGUAUUUGUGGCAUGUUGAUUACUGAUGUUGUAUUUCGAUGCAACCCAAUGGAAGUGAAUGGGGCCAAUUCGAGGGGUUUAAUGGCAGAAAUGUGAAGCUUCCUAUUUUAUCGACGCACUCAUAUUAAUCUGUUAAAACUUGUGUAUUAUUUGAGCAGUGCAUUUGUUUAAAUCACCAUUUUUUUACAGUGGUUUAAUGUUUUUUUUUGUUGUUGUUGUGUCAUCAUGGCAAUUAAGCUGUAAAACUAGAACUUUACACAGAAAAAGUUAGUAAGAGAUGAUAUCACACUAAAAUCUCAUUAACAUGCAUAUUAUUUAUUUCUUGUGGCUAUACUUUUGAAAUAGUGAAUAUUUAAAUGUUUACAGAUUAGCCCCAUUUACUUCCAUUGUUAGUGCCUCACUGGAACCCAGAUUUAUUUUUCUUUUUUUUUUUUAAGAAAAUGUGAGACAAGUCAAAAUUAUUAUUAUUUAAAUAUUUUUGUAAUCAACAUUAUGCCACAAAUGCUGUUGAUAGAGCUUACCUUGUAUUAAGUCUAACUGGAAUAUUUCUUUAAAUACACUCAAGG